AUGACACGCUACGAAGAAAAGCGACCGGUCAAGGUGGCCAACUGCUCCGGAUAUCAUGGUGAUCCCGCAUACGAAAUGUAUCGCCAGGCAACUCUUGGGGAUGUUGACUUCAUCACUGGUGAUUAUCUUGCUGAGGUCAAUCUAGCCAAUAAUGCGUUGACGUGGAGGAGUGGGAAGCACCCGGGUUACGAGGAGACUGCAUGGGAAGGCCUCCGUCAGACAAUCGAUGUAAUAGCUGAGAAAGGCAUACGGGUGGUCAUCAACGGCGGUGCUUUGGACCCCAAAGCCCUGGCUAUGAAAACGAAGGCUCUGAUUUCCGAAAAAAAUCUCAACCUUCAAGUUGCAUAUUUAUCCGGUGAUGAUUUGUAUCCCCUGGUUGGUCCCAAUAUGCCCAGCACAAAGGAGGAGCUGCUUCAUCUUGACUCUGGAAAUCCAUCCAUCGUCCAACCGGAUCUCACAUAUGCAUUUCUAAACACCACAAACGAUAAACCCACUCAGAUGGUAUCCGCUCAUGCGUACCUGGGAGCUCGUGGAAUUGUCGACGGUCUACGGCGCGGUGCAGACAUAAUUAUCUGCGGUCGAGUUUCAGACGCCAGUCCUGUAAUUGCUGCUGCGUGGUUCUGGCAUAAUUGGAAUGAGACUGAUUAUGAUAGACUGGCGGGCUCCUUGAUCGCAGGACAUCUUAUCGAAUGUUCUGCCUACGUGACUGGCGGCAACUUCUCCGGGUUCGACAAAUAUCCGUCAGAUGAUCUCGUUUCUCCGGGGUUUCCCAUUGCAGAGAUUGCUGGGGACGGAACCUGCACAAUUACCAAGCACCCUGGUACACAGGGGAUGGUGAAUGUGGACACUGUCCGCUCCCAGUUUUUGUACGAGUUGCAGGGAACUGCAUACCUGAACAGCGACGUCAGCGCUCAUAUCGCUGAUUUUCAAGCCGAAGAUGCGGGAGAAGACCGUGUCUACGUCUCCGGAAUUCGUGGCAGCCCACCACCGUCGACUACAAAAUUUGCCGUCUUUUACCAAGGAGGUUAUGAGGCACAGAUCCUUAUGAAUGCGACAGGCUAUGCUACUACCGAAAAGUGGAAUCUUCUCGAGAAGCAAAUUCGACAUUUCCUCCCAGUUGAAGCCAAAAACGAACUCGAGACUCUUGAAUUUCAGAGAGUGGGAACGCCUUGUCCGAACCCUUCCUCCCAGUUGGAGAGUACAACUUAUCUUCGAAUUUUCGUUGCCUCUCCCAAUGAUAAGGCCGUGCUGGCGGUAGUAAAGACUAUGGGAAAUAUUUCACUCAAGCACUUUUCUGGAUACCAUCUCUCCAUGGAUCUGCGCACUGCACUUCCUUUGCCCUUCUUAGCUUAUUACCCCGCACUGAUCAAGCAAUCUGAUAUCACCGAGGCGAUCAACUUUGUCGAUGAUGCUGACACAAUUAGAUCCUACAAGACAGGUCACCCUCCUAGAUAUGAAGAGCUUGGGAUUCGUGAGAACUAUGAUACUCCUGCCCCGCAGCAUUUUGAAGGUCCAUGCAAGCAGAUUCGACUAGGAGAUAUCGCUCUGGGCAGAUCGGGGGACAAGGGCGGAAACCUUAACGUCGGCUUUUUUGUCACAGACCCAGCUCACUGGUCUUGGCUUCGGUCUUAUAUGACCCGGGACCGGAUGCGGGAGCUUAUCUCCAGUGACUGGAAGGAUGGCUUCUUCAUUGAACGUGUCGAGUUUCCUCGCAUCCACGCUGUGCAUUUUGUGGUCUACGGGAUUCUAGGCCGUGGUGUGAGUAGUUCCAGUCGGUUGGAUGGCUUUGGAAAGGGAUUCGCCGACUAUAUCCGGGAUAAAGUUGUUGAUGUUCCCUUGCAAUGUUUCUAA